AUGUCUGCUCAGCCUGCCUCUUCGGCCCCUGCGGCCGCUGGUGACGCUGGUGCUGCCGCCGCCGCUGCCGCACCGCAGAAGCCAUUCCAGACGAAGCUCGUCCUUCUCGGUACGCAUUGCUCUCAGCUCCCGAGCGCCCAGAACGAUCCGACCCGAAUCGCCCUGCUGACUUCUCCUUCUGCCAAACACACUGCAUGCAUGAUCCGAUCGGCUUGCCCUGCCGAUGCUGCAGGCGAAGCCGCUGUCGGCAAGUCGUCCGUCGUGCUCCGAUUCGUCCAGAACGACUUCCAGGAGAACAAGGAGCCCACCAUCGGCGCCGCCUUCCUCACUCAAAAAUGCCGUCUCGAAGACCGCCUGAUCAAGUUUGAGAUCUGGGACACCGCGGGUCAGGAGCGCUUCCACUCGCUCGCACCCAUGUACUACCGCAACGCACAGGCCAGCGCCGUCAUUUACGACGUGACCAAGGCGAGCUCGUUCGAAAAGGCAAAGUCGUGGGUCAAGGAGCUCCAGCGCCAGGCGAAUCCCAACAUUGUCAUCGCGCUCGUCGGCAACAAGAUCGACCUGCUCAACGAGUCGUCCAGCAGCGCAAGUGCCAACGCCGACGACAACGACGACGACGACGAGACCGCCACUGCCACCCCGGACGCUGGCGACUCGCUCCGUGCCGUGCCCAAGGACGAGGCCGAGGCGUACGCCAAGGAGUCCGGCCUGCUCUUCUUCGAGACCUCGGCCAAGACCGGCGAGGGCGUCGUCGAGGUAUUCACCGAGAUCGCAAAGAAGAUUCCCAUCGACCUUCAUCUCGCCCGCAACGCCGCUGCUGCCGCGGCCGGCGGCAAUGGCUCGCGCCAGGCGAGCGGCAACCAGGCCAGCGGCGUCGACCUUCAGAACAACCAGCAGGGCAACCGCAAGGAGGCUUGCAACUGCUAG